AUGCGCAUUGAGUUACUCUCUCUCUCUUCCACCCAACUGCCGUUUCCUCUCUCUCUCUCUUCCACCCAACUGCCGUUUCCCUCUCUCUCUUCUUCACCCAACCCAACUGCUCUCUUCUUCCCCCAACUCUCUCUCUCUCUCUUCCACCCAACUGCCGUUUCCCCUCUCUCUCUCUUCCACCCAACUGCCGUUUCCCCCCUCUCUCUCUCUUCCACCCAACUGCCGUUUUCCCCCUCUCUCUCUCUUAUACCAACUGUCGUUUCCCCCUCUCUCUCUCUUCCGCCAACUGCAGUUUCUCCUCUCUCUCUCUUCCACCAACUGCCAUUUCCUCUCUCUCUUCCACCAACUCCUCUCUCUCUCCUGCUAUUUUCUCCUUUGUCUCUCCCCUCCAGUUCUCCCUCUCUCUCUCUACACACCUACAACAUUUAUCUUAAGGAUAUUCACAAUAGUUACUUCAUUUUACCACAAGACAAUUGUAAAAAUUGA